GUGCGUCACAGAAUGGACACGGACAUCCCGGCAGUCCCUGACGUGUCGGGGAGGAGCCGGCGCCGCGGUGCGGGGAGCAGAGCCCGAGACUGCGGAGGUCCGCGGAGCUGAGCUGCCGGGCGGCCCUGGCCCGGGUAGCGGAGCCGAGGCGGCGGUGGAGCAGCGGCGAACAUGCGCUUUUGACACUCUGGAGGUGACUUCUUGAUCAUGGAUGGUGAGGCUAUACCAGAUUUUUCAAGUUUAAAGGAAGAAACUGCUUAUUGGAAGGAACUUUCCUUGAAAUAUAAACAAAGCUUCCAGGAAGCUCGGGAUGAACUAGUUGAAUUCCAGGAGGGAAGCAGAGAAUUAGAAGCUGAGUUGGAAGCACAAUUAGUACAGGCUGAACAAAGAAAUAGAGACUUGCAAGCUGACAACCAAAGACUGAAAUAUGAAGUGGAAACAUUAAAGGAAAAACUAGAACAUCAAUAUGCACAGAGCUAUAAGCAGGUUUCAGUAUUAGAAGACGAUUUAAGUCAGACUCGGGCCAUUAAAGAGCAGUUGCAUAAAUAUGUGAGAGAGCUGGAGCAGGCUAAUGAUGACCUGGAGCGAGCUAAACGGGCAACGAUAGUUUCAUUGGAAGACUUUGAACAAAGGCUAAAUCAGGCCAUUGAACGAAAUGCGUUUUUAGAAAGUGAACUUGAUGAAAAGGAGUCUUUGUUGGUUUCUGUACAGAGGUUAAAGGAUGAAGCAAGAGAUUUAAGACAAGAGCUAGCAGUUCGGGAAAGACAGCAGGAAGUAACCAGAAAGUCAGCUCCUAGUUCUCCAACACUAGACUGUGAAAAGAUGGAUUCUGCGGUUCAGGCAUCACUGUCUUUGCCAGCUACUCCUGUAGGCAAAGGAACUGAAAACGGUUUUCCUUCACCAAAAGCUAUACCAAAUGGUUUUGGUACCAGUCCGCUGACUCCUUCUGCCAGGAUAUCAGCACUGAAUAUCGUGGGAGAUCUCUUACGGAAAGUAGGGGCUUUAGAAUCCAAAUUAGCAGCUUGCAGGAAUUUUGCGAAGGACCAAGCAUCACGAAAAUCCUAUAUUUCAGGGAAUGUUAACUGUGGGGUGAUGAAUAGUAACGGCACAAAGUUCUCUCGAUCAGGGCACACAUCUUUCUUUGAUAAAGGGGCAGUAAACGGCUUUGACCCGGCUCCUCCUCCUCCUGGUCUGGGUUCCUCGCGCCCAUCGUCGGCCCCGGGCAUGCUGCCACUCAGUGUGUGAGUGCCCAGCCUCCAGGUGGGGCCUCCUGCCCUCCUUCAGCGACCCAGGACACCCUCACGUUACCUGUGCUACCUGGGCCCAGCCCGUGCCCUCCGUCUGCUUCCCUGGGGUCGGCAGAGCGCGGGCUGCAUGCAGUGGCGGCUGCUGGGUUCUGCCCGGCCCCAGGGUUCUACGCGAUAUCAAUACUGGCUAUUAUCUCUUCUCGCCGUAGUGCCGUUGGUUUCACAUGAUUGCACUUUUGUGUGUCACAAGGUGAUACAUACAUGUAUUACUUGGUCACUGGAUGCAGAAGUACCCAUUCAUCAUACCAGCCUCAUUCCCCAUCCUGCUGUACUGAUAGGAUUUUAUUGUGUUUAGGACAUUGCUGAUCUUCCUGGAAGUUCUCCCCUGAAUCAGGUUGACCCUGUGCCCUCCUGAGCUCCCGCCACAGCAUCUUCAGUAGUCACGAUCAUGUGUGCCCCAACUCUGCUCACACCUGCCCCAGUUCAUGUCUGUUGCUGGCCUUCAGGAAGGUCACUGAAUUAGGUACUGUUUUUUGCACCUUCUGAUUUUACUUGAUCAGUUCUCAUUCCAUAAAUGUCUCUCAGAGCAGUGAAAUGUCUUCCGGAGUCCCAGGUGGUAGGAGCAUCAGGGCCUGGGCAGACGGGCUAUGCCUCCGUGCUGUCUCCUCCACGUGCCUCAGGUCCAGCUGGGAGGCGGUGGCAGCUUCCUUGCCCGCCUUCUGGUCUUCAGUUAAAUGACAUCUUCAGAGCAGUUUUGUUUUGUGGGGCCUUUCCAGUUGUCGUCAGGAGGCUUGAGUUCUCUCUUUCCAGGGGCUGAUCAGUGCUGGCUCCUGGGAGGCAGAUUGACCAUUAACGGUUGUCCCUGUGCAUCCUUUGAUUACGCUCAUGCUGCAUUUACUGUUUACAUUUGUUUUAUUGUACAUAGGUUUGUAAACAUUAUUGCCUAAGAUAUUUGUAUAUGACCUGGGCUUUGUAGCUUUUAUUUAUUCCGAACUCACAUGGCAUGUAAUGACUCAUGAUGGUGUCCUACUCUGGGCAGCUGUAUAGGAUCAUCAUGUGUUUAAAAAUAUUCUUCCCUUCAAAAAAGUCUUUUAAUGUGGAAACAAUAAAUUUCACAGAAAAAAACGAGGUUUUAUUGAGUUUGUGCCAUCUUGUGAAAGGACUGGAGUUAUAAAGCCAGGCUUAAAUGCCAUUCGACCUGGGACACGCAUAGACACUGGGCAACUGUGGAAUGGAGCUGGGAGAGUCAGUGGCCUUCGGAGAGAUCUUAUGCACCUUGCACAUGUUCUCAUGCUGAUUCUGGUGCUGAUUUCUAUUCUCAGUUGUAAUUUCUAGGAGCAGCUCAAGAAUGACCCAGGCCCCACAGGAAAAAUAGGAAGGAUGGGGACUUGGAAGGAGGCAGUUUACUCAAUCACGCAACAGUGCAAUGUCUCUUGGUGUGCUGGGGUUAGUGCUUACUAGAAUCUGAGUUUCUUUCCUAUCCUUCAGGUUGACACCAGCAAAUGAGAAGGUACCGUGUAUUUUGUAAUAAGAUACAGUGACUGGACUUGAGUAAUGUGUAAACUAAGAGGGACUCUGAAUGUAUUGGUUUCUGAACAUGGUUUUUGCUUAUGAUAAAGAGCAGAAAUAAACUAGUUUUAAAACUAUAAAUAGAAGUUAGUGGAUUAAUUUUUUUCCCCUUUGUUUUUUGGGCCACACCCAGAGGUGCUAAGGGGAUACUCCCAGCUCAGGGGUUACUCCUGGUGGUGCACAGGGAACCAUACAGUGCAGGAAAUCAAGUGUGCUUCAGCGUGCUGAGCCAUGUCUCUGGCCCCAUGAAUCCAGUAUUUAUGUGACUUUAGAAACAGUGAAUAGGAUAUAUUUUCA